ACCUUGAGGUUCCAGAGAUCAAACCAUGCUCCCGACAAGUGACCUGGGUGAGUCCAUGGACCCUGCAGGCUGCACUCUGCCAUCCAACAAACUCGUGGCGCUGGUGACCGGGGCCAACCGGGGCCUGGGCUUCAACCUGGUGCGGGAGCUGUGCCGGCAAUUCUCCGGGGACGUGAUGCUCACGGCGCGGGAUCCAGGCCGGGGCCAGGCGGCCGUACAGCAGCUGCAGGCUGAGGGCCUGAGUCCCCGCUUCCACCAGCUGGACGUCAACGACCUGCAGAGCAUCCGCGCCCUGCGCGAUUUCCUGAUGAAGGAAUACGGAGGGCUCGACUUGCUGGUGAACAACGCCGGCGUCUUUCUGUGUAAUAGGAAUCCCAAACUAUCAUUUCCUGAUGAAGCUGAGUUGACUGUGAAGACAAACUUUCACGGCACCAGAAAUGUCUGCAUGGAGUUGCUGCGUCUCUUGAGACCUGGAGGCAGAGUGGUGAAUCUGUCCAGCUCAGAGAGCCUCCGCGUUUUUAAGGAAUGCAGCCCAGAACUGCAGAAGAAGUUUAAAAGCGACACCAUCACCGAGGAGGAGCUGGUGGAGCUCAUGGACGAGUUUGUGGAAGAUGUGAAGAACGGGGUUUAUCACGUAGAGGACUGGCUGACGCCCACCUAUGGCAUGUCGAAGAUCGGCAUCGUGGUGCUGUCCAGCAUCCUGGCCAGGAAGCUCGACGAGCAGAGGAAAGGGGACGGGAUCCUUCUCAACGCCUGCUGUCCUGGCUGGGUGAGAACCGACAUGGGUGGGCCCGAAGCCAUGAAGAGCCCAGAAGAAGGAAUAAAGCUUCUGUUGUAUUUGGCACUCCUGCCCCCAGAGGCAAAGGGCCCUCAUGGGCAAUUCGUUAUAGAAAACAACUCCAAAGAUUGGGUGAAGAGACAUUUAGGCCUCGAGGAGACUGAUGAUUUGACUGACGAUUUAACCUUGAAAAUACACUGGAUCUGAUCGAAACCACUGGAAAAGUGUCUUCCACAGGCACAACAUGAUUCACGCCAUCACCGAUUGCACUCGCUCCUGCUUAUUUCUCUCCUACUUGUCACAUACGGCAACAAAAAUUAAACAGAAAUAAAGAGCUAGAAACAAUGAGUCUGCUAUAAGGAAUGGAAAAACAUUAUCUAAUAGGCAAGUUGU